AUGAAAUUUACCAAGACUUUUACCAUCCAGAAUCCGCUCCGAUUAAAGAAGCCGACGUCUACGUUCCUGGGAAGUGGGAGGGGGGAUAAGGAAGUCGAUCAUAAUGAGACCAUCAAAAGAUGGACCAGAGAUACUAUCCGCACGGUCGCCGAUUCGACGUCGAGGGCUGAUUACGACGUUGAAACCCUCAGGAGGCUAACCGACAACCUUCUGACGUCAAGGCGAGAUGUGACGCCAGACGAGUUGGAUGCGCUCAUAGAAGAAUUAAUCCAAGCGCAUUCGCAAAAACACAUUGCCAUCAUGGCUACUAUGCAUAAGGCCAGCCGGGAAGUUGUAAUGGCGAAUCUGCAGAGAGAACUCCGAGCGAACGCUAGAUCUCGGGAUGGAACUGCAACUGCCCUUCGACUGGUUGUGGAAGCAGCCCAGGGCAACUUUGCGAUGAUUGCUCGCGCGGAAGUUCAAUGGGCAGAUGCGCUGCUCGCCCUCUCAACGGCCGGCCUAGAGGAUAUUUGUGGUACACUCAAGUCGUAUUCAAAUCUACUCUCUACUAGUGCACCAGUUUUCUCAGUCCUUGACAUGUCGAUGGCAACCCAGAUCCAAUACAGAGCAUGCCAACAGUUUUCGCUGGUCGUGAGGGAUUUGUUGCGAGAUUGCCGGCUCCAGAAGGCUUACACCGCAUGUAUUUGGCUCUCUCGGUUGAAUCCGACUUCAAGACUCACGCGCAUGCUUGAUGAAGUAUGUCAAGAUUGGCGCACAUGGGCGGCCUGGAGACCGAAUGAGUCCCGUAUCCAACGCUGGGCCACCUUGGACAGUCAAAAGAGAAAAGCUCUUACCGAUGUUCUACGCCUGGAGGGUCCAGAUGAUCCAACCGGCACUGACAGCACACGAAUGGCAGGCGUGCUCUCCCGGUUAGACUCGAGCUCAGUGAUUCACUGCGGGUCUACCAUUAUUAUGGUCCCUGAGCGCGAAGAUCCUUCAACGACUUUAGAGCGCAUACUUGUUGUUCUGGAUGCCGUCAUUGAGCAGGAUUCAAGUAGCCUUUCGGCAUUUACAAAGACAUUUCUCGAUAAUACUACGACUACCGAGCAGGUUCAAACAGUCGACGCUGCGCUUGUCACGAAGGACUCUUCAAUCAUCGCAUCGGUACUGCCGUUCAUAGACAAUACAAACGGCAGCUCAGCAGGCGGGCCUCUGCAACUAAUCUCGGCUCUGAGCAAAGUCGACGAAGGAGGCGACCAACUUCGUGAGCUGAUGACCCCGAGCAUCUUGGAAGCAAUUCCGACAUAUCUCGAGCUGGGGCAGAUGGAAUUUCAAGAUUACGCUGAGAAAGGCAUGCCCCUCGAGAGUGUCGGCAUGCACUUUGCGAACCGCCUAUACCGGCUGAAAGACGCGGCAUGGUUGGUUCCUAGGCUCCAACCCGACGCAAGAGACCUCCUCCAUCGUCUCGUCCCAGUCGACAUCCUGCAAGCGGCACUGAGCCUGCAUGAUACGUUAUGGCAAGGGUCCGACAGACCGACGACCGGGCUCGUCGUAAUGCUGAAAGCCUACUGUCGAGGGCAGCUUACAGACCAAGAUGAAUGUAGCAAGGAAGAAAGAGCGUUCAUUAGCGGAAUGCUUCAGAUUUGGACCCGUUCCAGGAACCCCCAUCAUCGCAAGGCGGCCCUUGUCCUGGCCCAGGCAACUCACAUCCCCGUCGAUAUCAGGCACUCUUGUCUGACGAGCUUACCCUCUGUCUCCGAGAUGUUGAUGGAAGCCGUAUGCGAGAUGGAGAACAUCGAGAGAGCUUGCUUCCGCAUCACCCGGGCUCUCGCUCCGGCAUCCAGCGGCCAUGGGCAAAGAAAUGAGGUUCUAAGCUCGGUUAAAGGCCGCUGGAUCGAGCUUCUCGAGGCCCUCAUCCACAGCCAAGGUGCGGAUUUGGCCCAAAGGAUGUGCAACUCACUGACAGUGAAGCAAUGGUUCCAGUGGCAGGACGGCCUGCGAAAACUCUUCCUAGAUGGGGCAGGGCAACAGCAGCGGCUGUCGACUCCCCUGCUCCAACGCUCCUCCCUACACUGGUCGGGGCGGCUCUCCACGGAGUUCUCGCGUGAGCUAGAACUCGUACAGGAGGCCACCAACGGGCCUCAGAUCCGGCACAUCCUACUCCAACAAGAAGAUAUCACGGUGAUCGGGCAGCUGCUGCGGGCGAUGAAGCUGGCAAACAGUAACAGCGACAUACCUAGGCCGGUUGUUGUUGGCAUCCUGUCGAAUCUUCGCGCGGAUUGCAGGAACACACAAGCGAUCACGGACGCCCUGUCUCGACUCACAUUCAUGUCGGCAAUAGGCAUUGCCGCUGCGGAAAGACUUGUUGGAGCAUUGGCUUUCAAUAGGCAGCGGAAUUUCAAGGACUUUCUCUCAACUGUGCCGCAAGCUUCUGAGUUGGUGGAUUCGGACAUCAGGGCGAUGAAUUGCAUUGCAGCUGUAUAUACAUAG